AUGCACGCUUAUAUUAGAUACGCGGACAAGCAGACGUCUAUACUUCCCAUCUCAUUAAUUCAGAGGUUCGAGCCAAAGCAUUUAGAGGAUUUCGACCCCAAGAAGUCGAAACUUGCCUUCUGGCAGGGCCCUGAUGGCGGCGAUGGAGGAUACUAUGACGCUAAGGUUAUAAUGUUGGGAGAAACAAAGACUCAGCUCAUGAAGCAAAUGGUGAAAGAAAGGGUGCCACUUCCAGCUGUCAUUCUGCAUGAUGCCGUGGAAAGUCGGGAAACACUGAAUGUGGAUGUGGCGGGACCGAGUGGUCUUCAAAAAAAUUUGAGAAAAACAUCAUCGAAACAGAAAGACCGCAGCUCUGAGACACAAGAGGACCUCGUUCCGGCUGCAGACCUCAGAGACGCUAAAAAGAAAAUUAGGGCCCUGACGAAGGAGUUGGAAGAAGAGAGGACUCUGUGCCGACAAGUGCAGUAUGCACUUUUACAUAGACUUGCCCCAGCCACUGCCCCGGCCUCUGCCCCCGCCUAUGCCCCGGUCUACGCCCCUUUGCCCGCUCCGGACCCUGUCCCAGUCCCUGUCCCAGUCCCUGUCCCAGUCCCUGUCCCAGUCCCUGUCCCAGUCCCUGCCCCAGUCCCUGUCAUGAUUCAUGCCCAACCCCCUGUCAUGAUUCAUGCCCAACCUCCUGCCCAAGCCAACCUGGACGAGCCUGGAGCUGCAGUGAACGAUGCCGUCCUUGAUAUGGUUCACCUGGGUGGAGGAGUCUUGGUCCCUCAAGACAAGCUUAAAAAAUCAAUUGAGGCCGAAAAAAUGACUGAUUCAAGGUUUUGUAGGGAUGCCCUUCGGAUGAUGUAUCGGAAGGGAGAACUAGUGAAUCGGAGUGUGACCGGCUCGAGAAGUCGAAGGUUCCUCACCGAGGACAGGGAAACCACCCGAGCCAUCACACCAAAGAAGAUGUGUGCUGUGAAAAAUGCCUAUGUCCUCUACCUGAAGGCAAAAAACAAGGAUGUGAGAGAGACAGAAAUAGAAGCACGUCUUUCCAAUGUCAAUAGAUUUAUUGCCAGUAUGCUACAGGACAAUAACAGCAGAGCUAAGAAGGCCCUGUAG